AUGAGAGAUAAAGAAAAAGUAGGGUUGGUGGUCGCCGACUCGACGUAUUAUGACCUGCUAGAAGUAUCGGCUGAUGCCAGUGAUGUGGAGAUCAAGAAGGCCUACAAGAAGAAAGCUAUGCAACAUCACCCUGACAAGAACCCAGACGACCCUCAAGCUCACGAAACAUUCCAGAAGAUAGGCCAAGCUUAUGAGACAUUAUCGAAUCCGAACGAUAGGGCAACCUACGAUGCUCAUGGGAUUGAUGGGCCGCCUAGAGGAGGCGGAGGUAUGGGUCCAGAUAUGGACAUGGACGAUUUAUUCGCUUCAAUGUUCGGAGGUAUGGGCGGAGGAUUCGAAUUUGAUAUGGGCGGUGGGUCAAGCUCAAGACAAAGACGUAAACCAUCAAAAGGAAGAGAUACGAUCGUUCCAUACGAUAUAAGUUUAGAAGAUGCUUUUAAAGGUAAAAAAGUCGUAAUGAGUUUAGAAAGAGACAGGAUUUGUGGUGGAUGUAAAGGAUCAGGGGCAAGACCAGGUGUAGAACCUAAAGAAUGUGGUAAUUGUGAAGGAAAAGGUACAAUAUUCACCGAUAGACAUAUCGCUCCUGGUUUACUUGGAAAAGUCAAAUCACCUUGUCCAUCGUGUCAUGGCGAGGGAAAGAAAAUACGUGAUAAAGAGAAAUGUAAGAAAUGUAAAGGAUCAAAAGUUGUCAAAGAAAAGAAACGGAUAGAGUUUAUGAUAGAUCCUGGUACCGAGGAUGGGGAGAGAAUCGCAUUGAGAGGGGAGGGUGAUGAAGAGCCUGACAUACCGGCAGGUGAUAUAAUAUUCCUCAUUCGACAUUUACCUCAUCCAUCAUUCAGACCUCAACCAUCUUCGCCCGGAUCACUGCAAAUACUAAUAUCAAUCAGACUUUCCGAAUCUCUACUUGGUUUCUCACGUAUACUAUUCAUCCAUUUAGACGGUAGAGGAAUCAAGAUCACAUCCAGAAAAGGUGAAAGGAUGAUCCAACCAGGUAGUAUAUGGAUAAUAAAAGGGGAAGGAAUGACAAUUCGUGGAACCAAAAGAAAAGGCGAUAUGUAUAUCAGAUUCGAUGUGGAAUUCCCUUCUUUGGAAUGGGCAAAUCAGCUGGAAGAAGGAAAUGGAGUGGAAACGAAAAUAGAAUUACCAGGUAGAAAACCAGAUUUGAAGAUUGAAGGUCAAGUGGUGGAAAGGGAAUUAUCAUCAAAACCUGUUAACUGA